UACAGCCAACUUCACACGAAGGCAAUACUAGAACAAGGAGAAACAAGAGAAAACGGUCAAAAAAUUCGGAGAGAGAGUAAAAUAAGAUUCGUUUUUUAGUGAAAAUUCUUAUUAAAAUUAAAUUUUAAACAAAAUUAAUUUGUUUAGCAUUCAAAUCGCUUAAUGUUUAUACAUUUUUACUAACGUACAAUCGUAACAAUACUGCAUGAACACAAACAAAGGCGAACAACCAACCGAGAAAUUUGUGCUAGUGUCAAUCUUGAAAAGAGCUGGAAGAAGAAGCAGCAGCCGUGUUUUCAGUGGUGUUGGUGCAUGAAAUAGAAAUAAAAAUAAAACGAAAGAAAAAAUUGCGGCAAACAACAAAAUAAAAUUUCAAUUUCGUAUUGAUAACAUAAUGUCGAAAACGAAAAAACAAUCAUUAUCCGGUGGCGGAGGAAAUGGUGAUUCUUUGGAGAUAUUGAAUUAUAAGCCCAAAGAUCUGGUGUGGGCCAAGAUGAAAGGUUUUGCCCCAUGGCCGGCUAUGAUUGUUGAACCACCACUUGAAUUACUAAAUAAUACACACAAAACAAAUGCAAAAUGUGUAUUCUUUUUUGGAUCCCGCAAUUUUGCUUGGAUUGAAAUCAAUAACAUCAAACCCUUCGAGGGACCAUGGAAAGAACAAUUAUCGAAACUAAAUAAACCGGCCUCGUUCCGACAAGCCAUGGAGGACAUUAAAAAGCACAUGGAAGAUCCUACCGAAAUCGAUGAGUUCAUUAGCAAAAGUACCGGUAUACGCAGUCAACCGACUGAGGCCGAUUUUGAUAAGAUACGUGAUGGCUAUACUACCGAAGAUGAAAAUACCAUUGACACAAAUGCCAAUAAUCUCGACAACAAUGGUGAAAUUUCCGAUGUAGAUGAUAACAAAGAUGGAGGUGUAGUGACGGCAGAAGCGGUGGCGGCGACGACGGCAACGGUUGUUAAGACACCAGCCAAAAGAGUACCAAAACCAAAAGCCCUCACAGCACCUACCACAAAAGUGGCCAAAUCGGCCAUAGCAAAAACCUCAACAAAACGACGCGCCUCACAGACACCGGCCACCACCAAACGUAAACGUAAUGACACCACACCGCCACAUAUCAACAAUGACUAUUUGGAAGAGAAUGCCUCACCGCGUCGUAGACUUCUGCCCGAAGCAUUGGCGCACAUUGGCGGCAAUGUUAGUCCACCGCGUAGGAAUAACACCUCAAUAGCCCUGCUGGAACGGCCACAUGUCAGGGUGCCGGAAACACAAACCAUCGAUAUGAGUACGCGUUCUCAAACACUGGCCGAACGUGAUAUUGUGCCGUCGGACUUGACAUUUGGUUUCCUUGGUUUGGGUAUAAUGGGUUCGACCAUUGUCAAGGACUUGAUCUGCACGGGACACAAAGUUGUCGUGUGGAAUCGCACAAUGUCCAAAUGUGAACCAUUUAGAGAGGCCGGUGCCGAUGUCAAAGAAACACCCGAGGAUGUGGUAAAUGCAGCAGACAUUAUAUUCUGCUGUGUCUCAGACCCCAAGGCCUCAAAGGAUUUGGUUUUCGGCAACUGUGGUGUGUUACGUGCCGAUCUAUGCAACAAAGCCUAUGUUGAAAUGUCCACAAUAGAUCCGGAAACAUCACAAGACAUAGCCGAGGGCAUUACACAAAGCAAUGGCCGUUAUUUGGAGGUACAAAUUCAUGGCACCCGCCAAGAAGCCGAAGAUGGCAUGCUUAUCAUAUUGGCCGGUGGCGAUCGCACUGUUUUCGAUGAAUGUCAAUCCUGCUUUAAAACAAUUGCCAAAAACACAUUCUUUUUGGGAGCAGAUGUUGGCAAUGCGUGCAAAGUUAAUUUGAUACUACAAACCAUAUUGGGCGUAAGUUUGGUUGGUUUAUCAGAGGCCUUAGCAUUGGCUGAUCGUUUCUCAAUUUCCCUCAAGGAUAUUUUGGAUAUUUUCCAAUUAACAUCUAUGAAAUCAGAUUUAUUACUAGCCAAAGGCAGAGAAAUGGCCAAAGGCGACUUCAAUCCCCAACAGCCGCUCAGUCAUAUGCAAAAAGAUUUACGUUUAGUUCUAAGUAUGGCCGAAAAUUUAGAUCAAUCAAUGCCUGUUACAUCGAUAACAAAUGAAGUUUUCAAACACACCAAACGUCUGGGCUAUAGCGAACACGAUUCCAGUGCUGUAUUUGUAAGAUCCAGAUUUUAACAAUUAGUUAAUACUGCGCUAUUAUUUGACACAAACAUUAUGAAUACAAUACAAACGGCAACAAACACAGCGACAGCAACUAUACCAACAACUGCAACAAAUACAGAAAACAACAUCAACAAUAAUAUUAUUUAAAUGAUUUAGACUAUCAUUUAGGUUUUUUUAUAUAUAUUGGGAUAAAGAUUGAGAUAUAAACACAUCGUCUUGUAUAAACUUAAAGUUUAUUUAAAAAAAAAAAAAUAAUGAAAUAAAGGGACAAAAUAUUAAGAGAAUGCUGACUCUAUUUAAGCAGAACAAAAAAAAAUAAUAUAAAUAAAAACAAUAAAAAAAACAGAAAAAA